AAAUAAUAUUAUCAGUAUAUGCAUAAAUAACAUAUGUUUGCAUAAGUACGGAUAGAUGAGCAUUAAUCUGUAUGUCACAGAGUAAGAAAGAUAUUGAACACCAAAAUUUUUGAUGACGACAAGGGUAAAAGGUGGGGUGCCAGUGUAAUGGACAAGAAAUAUGAAAUAUUAUGCAUUAGUCAGUUCACACUGUAUCAUGUUUUAAAGGGAAACAAAUUAGACUUUCAUAGAGCAAUGCCCGCACAAGAAUCAGAACGAUUUUAUAUGAAUUUUCUUGCUGAGCUCUGUAAAAGAUAUAGUCCAGAAUUGGUAAAAGAUGGUAAGUUUGGUGCAAUGAUGGAAGUUUGCAUACAAAAUAAUGGGCCGGUGACAUUGGAAAUAGAAUCCCCCACAAAGUCUAUUUCUAACAAUGAUACUAUGAAUAUUAAGAAGAAAGAAGUAUCUGAUUAAGCAAAGUGUUUAUGUAUUAUGAAAAAUCAAUAGCUCGAUAAACAAUAAACAAUAAUGUUAUAUAUAGUACACAAUGUGUAUAUACUUAUUCAUCCUGAUAUGACUUGAAAUCAGUUUACUUUAUCUUCUUACACUUAUAUUUGUGAAUUAUGCUCUCUAAAUAUUGUUAUUUUUAUUCGCCACAUUUUGAAUAACAGAAAUGGCUGAUGAUAUCUUAAAGAAUAUUUCAUAAACAAUAUUUAUGUAUUUU